UUUACAUAACCCUAAUUAUUGACAGUUUUCAUGUAAACAAUUCAUAUUAAUUUACUACUUUAUUUUUAAUCGAUAUAGUCGAUUAAUUAAUAUAUUAUAAUGUUGAUGUCAAUGGUUAAAGAACACCAAAGUAAACAAGCUGUUAAAAAAGAAAUUCAAGAAAUUAAGAGGAAAGAAGCAUGUAAUGCAGCAAAUUUGAUGACUCAGGCUCUGGUGGAUCAUUUAAAUGUUGGGGUAGCCCAAGCAUACUUGAAUCAAAAGAAGUUGGACGCUGAAGCGAAACAGUUACACAACAGUGCAGUGAACUUCGCAAAGCAAACUCAACAGUGGCUUAAUUUGGUUGAGAAUUUCAAUAGUUCUUUGAAGGAAUUGGGUGAUGUGGAGAACUGGGCUAAAACCAUUGAAAAUGAGAUCAAGACGAUAACAAAUGCAUUAGAAAUUGUCUAUAAGAACUCCCAGGAAAAUUAAUGUUCAGUGUGCACGAUCGUAGAUAUUAUGCAAUAAUUUUUUGUACUGAAAUAUUACUUUCAAAUCAGGCCUUUGUCUCAUUUUGAAAUAAAAAAAUUUAUUUGAAAA